AUGACGUUGCCUUCAUCUGUAGCUGCCCCCACGGAGACGACAAAGCUGGAGGACAGGUACUGGGAUUGGAACGGAUACAAGAUCCGAUAUCAGGCAGCGGGCGAGACUCAGAGUGACGCGCCAUCUCUUGUCCUCAUCCAUGGAUUCGGCGGCAAUGCCGAUCACUGGAGGAAGAACACGCCCGUGCUGGCGAACGCUGGGUUCCGAGUCUUCGCUAUCGACCUGAUCGGCUACGGAUACUCCGACAAGCCCGACCCCAAGUCAAUGUCGGCGAGCGGAUACAACUUCUACACGUGGGCGGACCAGGUCAGAGCUUUCAUCGACGAGGUGGUCAAAGACAAGUCCUUCCUUAUCUGCAACAGCAUCGGGUCCUGCGUGGGGCUGCAAGCAGCUGUUGACUACCCGGAGAAGGUAGAGGGUGUCAUGAUCCUGGACCCAAGUCUCAGGCUGCUGAACAUCAAGAGGCAGAAUCCGCUGAGUGCGCCGCUAGUGACUGCCUUCCAGGCUCUCUUGAGAGAAACGCCAGUAGGAGAGGCUUUCUUCGGUGUCGUCGCAACCGAAAACACGGUUAGGAACGUCCUCCGACAAGCGUAUCAUGACAGCUCAACAGUCACCGACGAGCUUGUUCAGGUCAUCCUCAACCCCGGCAAGACUCCGAAUGCUCCCCGCGUCUUCCUAGACUUCAUCUCCUACAGCGCGGGACCACUCCCUGAAGAACUGCUCUGCGCGCUCUCCUCCGACGAAUUCAAGGUCCCCGUCUCGAUCCUCUGGGGUACCAAGGACCCAUGGGAGCCAGUGGAGCAGGGGAGGAUCUUCCAGGCAGGCAGGUUCGCGUGCGUGGAGGAAUUCGUUGAGCUGCCGGGGACGGGACAUUGUCCUCAGGAUGAGGCGCCACAGCUGGUCAACCCCAGGGUGAUCGACUUCGUGACGAGACACUGGAAGCAGUGA